AUGUCUGUUACAGACUUUACCGUAACGGAUGAGAAAGUACGCUUACAUCACAGCAUUGAGGAGGAGAAAACUGUAAGACAUAUUGGUGAUUUCUGUUCCUCAUACUCUGUGAAAAAAAUUCAGGUUGGCAUCUGCUUGCUUCUGGUGGAGCUGUGUGAGAGGUUCACAUUCUUCGAAGUGGUCUGCAACAUGAUCCCCUUUUGCACCGUCAAGCUUGGCUACCACAACUGCCAGGCAGCCGUUUUAAACUUGUGUUUUAUCGGAACGUCAAUGCUUACCCCUGUGUUUGCCGGAUGGCUCACUGAUGUCUAUUUAGGAAGAAACAAACUGGUGUAUAUUUGCUUGUUUCUACAUUUUCUAGGCACUGCUUUAUUAUCUGUGGUGGCUUUUCCCUUCGAAGAUUUCUAUCUGGGCACUUACCACGUGGUUAACAACAUCCCAAAAACGCAGCGGCACAGGCUGUUUUACGUGGCACUGUUGACCAUCUGCCUUGGCAUGGGAGGCAUAAGAGCCAUCGUCUGUCCACUGGGUGCUUUUGGCCUUCAGGAGUAUGGAUCACAAAAAGGAAUGUCUUUUUUUAAUUGGUUUUAUUGGCUCAUGAACCUAAACGCAACUAUUGUGUUUCUGGGAAUAUCUUACAUCCAGCAAUCACUAGCGUGGGCCCUUGUUUUACUUAUUCCUUUUAUGUCUACACUUAUGGCUCUGACAAUUCUUCAUAUGAUGUACUAUAACCUGAUUUAUCAGUCAGAAAAACGUGGUUCUCUCCUGACAAGCUCUGGGGUGUUGGCUAGUGCACUGAAAACAUGCCAGCUGCAAUACUGCCAUCUUGACAGAGAUGUGACAAGCCAGUUAGACCAUGCCAAAGAAAAAAAUGGUGGCUGCUACAGCCAACUCCAUGUAGAAGACACAAGAUUUUUCCUCACCCUUCUCCCUCUCUUCAUUUUUCAGCUCCUAUACAGAAUGUGCAUUAUGCAGAUUCCUUCAGGAUAUUAUCUGCAAACCAUGAAUUCCAACCUGAAUUUGGAUGGAUUUCUUCUGCCAAUUGCAGUAAUGAAUGCCAUCAGCAUCCUACCAUUACUAAUUUUAGCUCCUUUUCUGGAGUAUUUCAGCACCUGCCUGUUUCCCUCUAAGAGAGAUGGAUCAUUUCUGUCGGCAAGCAUCAUUGCUGGAAAUCUUUUUGCUGCAUUGUCUGUGAUGAUAGCUGGCUUCUUUGAAAUACACAGAAAACACUUCCCUCCAGUGGAGCAGCCCCUUUCAGGAAAAGUUCUCACUGUUUCCUCCAUGCCCUGUUUCUACCUAAUUCUUCAGUAUGUUUUACUUGGAGUGGCGGAAACGUUGGUAAACCCAGCCUUCUCUGUAAUAUCAUACAGAUUUGUUCCAAGCACCGUCAGAGGAACCUCCAUGAAUUUUCUGACACUGUUCAAUGGAUUUGGCUGUUUCACAGGGGCACUGCUGGUGGAGUUGGUAUAUCUCAUCUCAGAAGGCAAUUGGUUUCCAAACACAUUAAACAAAGGCAAUUUAGAAAGCUUCUUCUUCUUCCUGGCAUCAUUAACAUUGUUGAACGUCCUGGGAUUCUGGAGUGUUUCACAAAGAUAUUGUAAUCUAAAUCAUUUUAAUGCCCAGAACAUCCAUGGAAGUAAUCUUGAAGAAACACUUCUCCUCCACAAAAAGUCUCUGAAAUUUUAUGGCAGUAUACAGAAAUUUUCUUCAAGUAUUGAUCUUUGGGAGACAGCCCUGUGA